UGCAGGCACUACUUGGCUAUUUCAUUUAUAAACAGCGCCUCAUGAGUCGGGUCACACAAAGUCGUGUAAAGCAAGUCCCAUCUCCAACCACGCAACGCUGCAGUUCCCGGGUCUCCAAUACCGGGCGCACGCGCGUCGCCGCAAGGCAGGUCGGGACAGGAUGAAUUGAGCCGCAGUGUUAACGCGGUUUCCCGGGUCGCACACUACGUCACUGGCACAGUUGACGCGUCGCUUAGCAACAAGGGUGAGCGUGUGCCGUGGUUGUCUUGGUGACGGCGAUAAACAAAGUGCACCUAUCUUCUGCACCGCGGCGCUCGGACACGCUGUUCGCACUUGGUGGUUACGUUUAGCGACAUCUCUCCAAUCUUGAAGAUGGUGAUUGAGAGCAGCAGCAACAAGGCGGCCCAGGCCGAGAGCCCUAAGAACAAGAGCAAAGCACCUGCGUCUUCCGAGGGAUUCACUGUCAAAGCCUUCAUGAAGAAUUCCACUGCAACUAAGGAGAAAAUUGUUUCAGGUAACAGCAAGGUGAGAGGUCCCCCUGCAGCAGGAGCAUUCAAAGAACGACCUGCAAAGCCAACGGCUUUUCGCAAGUUUUAUGAGCGAGGAGACUUCCCGAUUGCCCUUGAGCACGAUACGAAAGGAAACAAAAUAGCCUGGAAGGUAGAGAUUGAGAAAUUGGAUUAUCAUCACUACUUGCCUCUGUUCUUUGAUGGUCUGUGUGAAACGACACAUCCCUAUGAGUUUUUUGCACGCCAAGGAGUCCAUGACAUGCUAGAGCAUGGAGGACCAAAGAUUCUUCCUGUCAUCCCGCAGCUCAUUAUACCCAUAAAAAAUGCUUUGAAUAUCCGUAAUCGGCAAGUAAUAUGCACCACCCUUAAAGUACUUCAGCACCUGGUUGUCUCUGCUGAAAUGGUGGGUGAAGCUCUCGUACCGUACUACCGCCAGAUUCUCCCAAUUCUCAACAUCUUCAAAAACAUAAACGAUCUCAGUCAUACUAAUCUGACGCUGCUAAUGUACUGCAUCCUGGUAAAACCAGAGAAGGUUCAAAGGUGCGGGCAUUGGGAUUUGAACUCUGGAGAUGGCAUUGACUACAGCCAGCAAAAACGUGAAAACAUUGGAGACUUGAUUCAAGAAACACUAGAAGCCUUUGAACGUCACGGAGGAGAAGAUGCUUUCAUCAAUAUAAAAUACAUGGUCCCUACCUAUGAAUCCUGUUUGCUAAACUAGAUUAAAACUGAAAAAGUGAACAGAUAGGAAUGUCUUCUCUUUACUUCCGAAACUGUACACCCAUUUCUGUUAUUUAUGCCUUUUUUUUCUUCACAGCUGCUAAAAUGAGAUCUUCUGGGCCAUUUGACUGUUAGUACUAUUGUGCACCAGGCUAUGGAAUACAUAAACACUGACUGUUUCAUACAUUACAAUGGUGUACUGUGCUUUUUUGUACCAUGAAAGAAUACCCUCUUUAUGGCCGCGCUGACUGAAAUGAGAGUCAGAGUUAAGACUUCACUUGUACAGACAAUAAAACUAUAAUUUUCAUAUGCAAUUCAGCAAUUGCUGCUCCGAGUUCUGUAGCCCUAAGGGUGAUGUCAGAGGUUUUAAUGAGGGUUCGCUCUGACUGCUUAAUAGGUGUUUGUCAUGGAAAACAACUAGCAGUUCAGCUGUGACUUUUCUGCAGCUGUGCAGUAUAAAGUCCUGUUGCAUAGUAAACCACUUCAUUUAUGGUAUACAGUAAGUAACAGUGACAUUUUAGACAGCAAAUACUAAAGUUGUCAUGCAGUAUAAUGGAUUUGUUUUAUACUACGGUUGCAUAGACAUCAUAUGUAUACUCAUAUUAACUCUGGUAGGUAUUUUCAUCUCUUUGAAUUCAGAAUUCCCAUGGAUUUGCUUACAGAUCUAUCAGUUAGCAUGGAUGUUUUAUAAUAAAGGGAUUGCAUCUG